CCUCGGCCGUAUAAUUAUUUCUUUUUUUGUCUUUUCUUGUUUUUUUUUUUUGCUUUUAUUCUUCUUUGUUGUUGAACAAUAAUAUGGCAGACAGUGCAUUAGGGUUAGAGAAAGUAGCGAUUGCCAUCAUUCAGCAAGCAAUUGACCUUGUGCAUAGCCUUCAAGAUGAGCACUAUACGUACGACUCCAAAGUGAUGCCUGCUGGUACGAUUGGCAAGCAUAUCAGACAUGUAUACGAUCAUUUUAAUUUGUUACAACAAUCCUGCACAGACAGUGAUAGAUCCAUCGUGCUGGAUUAUGAUUUACGAUCCCGAAAUAACCCAUCAGAAAUGGAUAGAUCGAUUGCGAUCCAAAAUUUACAUCAAUUACAAGAAAAUAUCCCACGCAUCCCGUUAGGGAAAAAUCUAAAGUUAUUGGCAACCAUUGAUGCUAGUGAUACAAACAAGUAUGAAUUUCAGUCGUCGUUUGGACGAGAAUUAUUCUAUAGCUGUAUUCAUGCUAUUCAUCAUUAUGCUGCCAUCAAGGCUAUCUGUAUAGAAUUGGACCUGACUGUUCCAAAGGACUUUGGAAUGGCGCCUUCUACUUUACAAGCUGCAUAGAAAAACCCCUACCCAAAUUUAGCACUACACACACAUCUUUUUUUUUUUUUAGUGGGGUCCGUUUAAAAAAAAUAAAUAAAAAAACUAACGCAUUUUUUUUUUAUUUAUCUUU